CUAACUCGACAACCCUCGUGGUGAAAAGAGUAUAAGAAGACACAUCCGUAUUGAGUUACAAGAGUAUUUAGAUGGAGACGUGGAAGUUACAUGUGAAAAAUUUGUUACAGAAGCAAGUGUCUACACAUCACUGAACUGAUAAAGAAAUGAUUAAUUCGAUAGAAGGCCUUGAUCACAACCCUCCAAAACGAAGGAAGGUGACUGAACAAUAUCUCACCGAUAAAGAAAUGCUUAUAGCAAUGGAAGAUUUUGAACGUAAAGAAGCAACAAAAGAUGAAGAAAAAUAUUUUUCGUUAAUGAAAGGUAAUAUUACAAAAGAUUUUAGUGGCAGCGAUAAAAUUCUUUUAGUACAACAAGCAAAUUGUUGUGCUGUUAAAUUGAAAAAGGGAGGUCUUGCUGAUGCUUUAAGUCAGGUUUUACCACUUAGCAAUCCGUAUUUAUUUAGAUCACCUGGAUGUCAUAAAGCAAAUCUAGCUAGUGAAGUCACUUGUGAUAAUUUGGGAGCAUAAAAUUUGUAAAUAAUGGAAAAAAUAACCCCAUGAUUGUCAAUAUGUUCGCACAGUAUGCGAUGGGACCUCCACAUAAGUAUUACAUGAACUGUAAAGUUGAUAAGGCCUACUAUAAUACAUGCAAAUAUUUAGAUACAAAGAAAGGUCGUGAGAUUAUAUUCAAAGAGUGCAUGAAUGAUCUUGUUAAGUGGUUAUUAACAGAUCCCAAUGGGAUUAUAAUGGAAAAAGUUGUGUUUCGAGAAGGAAUUGGAUGUGCUUC